GUUUGUGAGCAGUUCUUGCUUUUGUCAUCAACACCUUCUACAAGAGAACAGGAUACUCACCAUGAUUGCGCUGCCCAUCCUCCUGGUCUUGCUUCAUUUGGGGCUUGUGACAUCUGACGCUACCUCAGGAUCAUUAAAGAGUGAAAUAAUUCGGGGACACAGUGUGAAGCCUCACAGCAGACCCUACAUGGCCUUUGUAAUCUCUAAAACGAACACCAGCACCAGCUGUGGAGGCUUCCUUGUGAGAGAAGACUUUGUGAUGACAGCUGCACACUGCCAAGGAAAGGAGAUGUUUGUUGUUCUUGGAGCACACAACAUUCGUGCCGAUGAGCAUUCCCAGGUCACCAUCAAAGCGAAGAGGAUUAUCCCUCAUCCUGAGUAUCUCAUGAAUAAAGUGAAAAAUGACAUCAUGUUGUUAGAGCUGGAGCAAAAUGUCACCCUGAAUGAAAAUAUAAAACCUAUUCCACUUCCAAAAAUUAUCACAGACUUGCCAGAAGGAACUAAUUGUUUGGCCAGUGGCUGGGGGAUCAUUUCAGAGGAGGGGACACAGAUACCAGACACCCUCCAAGAAGCAAACAUCCAAGUAGUAGAAAGAUCUUGCUGCAGAAAACAGUGGGGCAAAAUCAUCAACAAAAAGAUGCUCUGCACAGAAGAGGUUGGCUGUGUAGGUGAUUCUGGAGGUCCACUUGUGUGUGAUGGAAUGGCAUAUGGCAUCACGUCCUUUGGCAUUGAACCCUGUGGCUUCUAUGGCUUCCCCAGUGUCUACACCAGAAUUUCUGAAUAUUUGUCCUGGGUCAACACUGUGAUGCAGAAGGAGAGGCACUGAGAAGACUGUCUGUAGGUCCCGGUCCACUAUAUCUGCUGACAUAUUCCAGCAAGAAUAGCUUUCCUCCUCAGUUUUAAAAGCAUGAAGGCCCUGCACAAAUUAAUUUACCACAUUGCCUGCCAUUUUACAGCAGCUGCAAGUAUGAGCUCUCAAAGGACUCAGUCUUGUGCCAUCCAUUAAAGAAGAGAUUCAAAUGCAAGUAUGAGGGUGUGCUGACUGUGCCAAUGUCUAAUGGCAGCUCUGAAGCCCACACUCUUCUGCUUGUGUUCCAGCAAUAGCAGCUGCUUCUCAUCACUCUGCCUUUGCCAUUUAUUAAGUAUGCUUGCUUUUAUUGCAUUUGUGGUAUGAAUUGAAUAAAAAAAAUAUCAUUCGUUCUU